AUGGAUAGCGCUAUUCACAUGCAUGGCGACAAGAGCGAUCCAUUUGGAGACAGUAAAGAGUUUAUCGGCAGAAAGUUUCUUACUGGCGUUACAAAAGUUAAUGGUUAUACGAGGAAACAAUCAAGAGAAAUCAAGCGGAUAUUGCGAAGAAGAGAUCGAGUGGAACUUCAUCCCGAAAUAUACCCGAUGGGUGUAUAUGAACGAUUGAUUGGUAUUUGUAUUGGUAUAAAGACAACGCUGAGAGCUGUGAUUGAAAAACAAAGAUGA